UGUUUCAAUUUAUAGAAGACACCAAAAUCGGUAUCGAUCAUGGCCGAGGAAAUCUACGUCUCCUCCGUCGAUCGCCCCAAGCCGCAGCAAGCCGCCGCCACAGAGCCGGCGGGGAGCACGGGGUUGUUGGGGUGGAUAGCCUCGACGGCGCGGGCAAUGGGCGGCGCUUGCCUGCACCUGCUGAAAAGCCCGGCGGGGGGCGCACUCAUCCUGACGUCGGUGUGCCUGGCGCUGGCGUACAAGCAAAAGAAGGCACGGAGCUCGACGCCCCCUACUCCGCCGCCGCAGCAGCCACGACUCGCUCGCUCGAUGUCGCUGGCGAUGCUGCAAGGCGGCGACAAGGCGAUGCGGCGGUUCAAGCUCAUCCACCGCGCCUCUCCCGCCGAGCUGAGUACGGCCGUCGAAGACAUGCGCCGGGAGCUCCAGCAGCCCCUCCUCGACUUCGUCAAACUAUACGCAAACGUGGGGAUCAUAGAGCUGAGCGGAAAAGAGAAGGAAGCGAUCGAAUUGCUCGAAGCCGCCCUAAAGAAAGCCAAGGAGCAGCAGGCAUGCGAGCACACGCACGAGGUGCACGAGCUCGAGCUCUUACUGGUCGAAAUGUACAUCUACAAGGGAGACUACGAAAAAGCUCUGAGCUUCCAGUGCCUGAAAAGAGAGGACGUUUCUUCUGCGGACGCUCGAGCUCCUUUGUAUCGGGCGGUUAUCUACAUUCUGAUGAACGACAAAGAAAGAGCCAAAAAGAGCUACGACAUGUUUAAGGAAGUCCGGAGUGUGUUUCAUGGGAAGAAGUUCUUCGAGGAGUCCACAUCCAUGUCGGUUCAAGUGUCCAAUUUCGACGAGUUCACGGAGAUGGUGGAGCACCUGAAGCUAGAGAUCCAGCAAGCUCACUCCGCAAAGCCAACUGCGGAAGGUCAGGAUCGAUCGAAACGAGUUGCAGAAGAGAUUAAGCCAUCGUCCAGCGGGGAGAAGAACCUGAGUAAGAAGUGACAAGUUCUUCGAGCAAAGCUUUCGCCGAUCAAGUCAACGAAUCUGAGGGAAACCUGAUCGAUCGACGUCGAUCAGCAAAUUUAAGAGAAGAAAAUAAUAAAAUCUUUCCGCAACAAAGAGCGAAGUGUUUUUUCUUGCAUUCGUCGUUAAUUAGGUCUAGUAGAACAAUUAAAAUAUGACCAAUAAUUCUAUUUCAGGAAAUAAUAUCUGAAAUUUGAAAUUUUUAAUAAGGAAAAAAGGGUUGAGAAGUUGGCUUGCC